UUCCCUGUGCUCAACCGCCAUCCCGCUUCUCCCGCUGAUCCUGCACCGGCCAUGGGAAAGCGUGCCGCAGCCACAGGAACGAUCCAGGCCUGGAAACGCUUUCGUGGUGCCGGUACCAAGAGCAAAGUCAACACCAUCGUUUCGGUCCUGAAGGACAGCACUCUGGAAUGCCAGGUGCCCGCAUCUGCUCGAUCCAUGCUUGCCGAGGGAGCACCUACAGCCCUGUCUACAGCCGUGGAGCAGCGGCACAAGUUUCAGAUCGAGAUGUUCGCUUUGAUUGCUGAGACUUUGAAUGAUAUGGCGAAAAGGCUCCAGGGCAAGGUGGACGAGGCCAAGUCAGCAGCUGCCAAGUUGACAGCGGAGCAAGAGGCCAAGAAGGUAGAGCUCACGGGUGCCAGCCACUUGCUGACGGAGGCGAAGGAUGCUGCAGCUGCGAAGGCGACGGAAUACGACGAUGCCAAGAGCAGACGAGAGCAGAUGGAACUAGCCUUGGCAUCUCUUGAAAGCGACGGCGUGACCCUGAAGAGGCGCCGUGAUCAGAUCGUCAAGGAACAGAGCAAGUUCACGGACAUCAGGGACAACAUGCUGAAGGUGCUCUUGGAAAAGGGGUCAGAGGCCGGCAGCGAGAAAAACGCCAAGAAACUCUGCGAGAAAUUGAUGAAGCAAAUCAGCCAGUUGGGUGGAGAGCCGGCACUCCAGGCCUCGGCACCUUCAGUUCUCUUGAAAAAACCCGAGGAGCGACAAGGCUUUGAUUCGCACGUCCUGGAAGCGGUUGAGGC